ACCUCCAGCCAGAUGAAGGCAGGGGGCCUUGGGUAUGUCUGGAGGAGUUUUUCCUUAACUAUACUCGGCUUGCACUCCAUAUAGUCCGCCUGGAUACUUUAGUCUUGGGCCAAUUAAUAGAAGACGCAGACCUGCAGGUAUCGGACUUAAUAUCAAGAGCCUAUCUUCCUUCACUUGGUUGGAUGCUCCAGGUAAAUGGUAUACCUUUCUUUCGUACUGCGGAAAGGGUCCAUGGCGUGGAAGUGAUCAACAUGGUUACUCGUCUGAACGACCACAUUCUGGCUCCUCAGUUCAACGUGCUCCAGUGGCUCUCCGAUUAUGCCACCUGUGUCCUGACUUUGAUACCCCGUUGGUCCCAACUCUCAUCCCCUUUGGUUUCAGUUGUGACUAUUGUGCACAACCUGAUGGAUUCCGGAAACGAGCGGAGGAAGUACCAGGCAGAUGAUGCCCUAAUCAAUUCCCUUACCUAUCUACGUUCUAUGAAAACAGCUUACAGCCUGAUGCGGAUCAUAGACGAAAACUACCAGAUGCAUGUAAGCAAGAAGUCCUCCUGGAUAACAAGCGACGUCAGUGAUCCGAUGCUCCGUUUUAUAUCUUGGGUUUACUUCACAAUCGCUCUUCGCGGCCAAGACCUGGGCUUGGAGAUCGCCAGGGAUCUCUCCAUUGCCGUACCUGAAGGUAUAUCCUCAGAUGAGUGUGCUUCCAUUAUCUACUAUGGGUGGAAAUUUGCUGCCCUGAAAAAGCAUAUCCUGGACGGGCGUAUGGAGCUGAGGGUCAACGGAAUGGAGACUAUGCAAAUGGACCUGGUCAAUGUGUGGCGGCAGUAUAUUCAAAACGACCCAGCAGGGAUUGAGCAUCCCGUCGUGCAAUACCUCGUCAGGUUUUUACGGGAGAAUGAAAUCGUCGAAUAUAUCGUUAGCAUUGAUUCUCACCCUCAGCUUAUCAGCAGAAGUGGCAACAUUGUUGGCUUUUUGAUUGUAACAUCCACAUACACCGACACCGACACCGAUACAAUCUGGAAGGCCGUGACAGAGAGCUCUGAUCCCCGAACGGUGUCUGAAAUACUCAGAAUGCUUACGAAAACCUUUCAAAUGCAUUUGCCAACUUCUCCAGCGCUGUUGUGUUUGUGCUCAAAACUUCUUGAAUUGCCUCUUUCCCGGUUUGAUUCACGCAUGGUGGAUUUCUGUGAGCAACUUCUCCUUCACGUACGUGAAAAGCACCGCGAGAGACAUCAAUUGUUGGACGAGCCGCAUGUAGACGCUGUCCCACUGCGUUUGUGUGUACGCCUCAUUCGUGAAAGUGCUGCAGCGGACGAUCUUCCUGUCGAGCAUAAGGCUAUCCUCCAGAAAUUCUCAAGUUCGCAGCUUACCUUGUUCAUGGAUGUUGGACUCAGCGAAAUGGACAAAAUGGAAACAUAUGAACGUUGCGUCCAAGACCUUGCCGAGAUGAACCAGUUCACCGUUGGCAGCAUACAGGCUUUGAAUGCCCUAGUUCCCAGCUAUGAUACACAAGAGAUACGAAAGCUUGCUAUGGACUUUGACCUGACACGCUUGUUGAUAAAUGAAUUGGCUCAUACCGUGGACAUGAACCAGACGGACUUCACAGAGCCCUUCUCACGGAACGGCUUUCUUUCGCGCGUCCAUCUACUGGCCCGCAUUAUUGACAAAGUCCCGGACUCCAUAACCACUGAUUUAGGUGAUUUGCUGUGGAGAAGGAUCCUAAUGGCGAAAACUCUUGCCCAGCAAGGCAGACGGGCACUUUGGGACACCCUGUGUGCACUUACCAGACAUAGUACGAAGAGCAAUCCAUUCAUUGAACGCUGUAUCCACGGGUACCUGUCCGAACUGUCCCCUUCCGAAGACUACUUUUUCGAGGUCCUCUCAUUUGCAAAGCAGGCAAUCAACUACGAGGUUCGCUUCAACCCUCCGCCCAUUGCCGGUGAUAAUGAGGUCAUCUCAAUCCCAGGGGUAGACCGAAUAUGGGAUUUUAUUUUGACAGCUCCACCCGACUCGAUCGAAACCGAUGCCACUAAUUUUGCCAUUGAGGUGUAUCUCGACCAUAAUAUUAUUAACAGAUCACCACGGUCUGCAGUUGAAGCAACUCAUGUUGCCUUGGUAGAUCGCUGCGUUGACCAACUGAAGUCGGCUGCCUCCAAGUUGAAGUCUGCCCGUGGCCAAGGUACUAUUGGUACUAGCGAUUCGAUGGCUACGGAGGUCCCUGAAGAGGAAACCCAGGCGGAAGAAUUGAGGUUUAGCCGUUCUCUGCUCUUUCUGCGUCAGUUCCUCCAAGGCCUGCGCAGUCGACCCCAGUACAGCCCGCCCCAGAACUCGCCGCCAGGCUUGCCCGGUAAACCUGUAAAAGGCGAGCUAGUCAAUAUCCGUUAUCAAGCUUUUGACGGCAGCACGCAGUCUAAAGUCCGCUCGUUGCAAAUUGGUGAUCUCUCAACUGCAUCCGAAUUCGUUGAGAAGCUUGUACAAAUCACCGGUUUCACAAAACUUAACACUAUCUAUAGUGGGCAUAGGAUUGAUCUUCUUGAAAAGCCUACUCUCACCGUACGAGACCUCAAACUGAACUCGGGACUGCUAAUUGUUCGCCGGGACCCUGACAGCCGUGAGGUUACGCUGACAGGACGGCGUCAGUCUCUGACAUCGGUGGAUUCUGAAGUUCUUAAGCAUUUUGAUGAUCUUUAUGAUCUUUUAGGUCUCGAGGACCACUUAGCUCGAGAGAUUUACGACUUUCUUGUUGUCUUCCCUCCCCAGGAAAGGGUCCUGCAGUUAGUCAGGUCUACCGAGAAAUCUGAUCAAGACGUAUUCCCUAUGGGUAAGCCCUAUAACUUCCUCUACUCAGUAAAUGCGCUUUCUAUAUGCCUGAGAGAGGAGGCAUUAGAGUCAUCGCCAAAUCAAGCAUUUGUGUCUCAUAGCGUUCGAGUUUUGGUUGCUGCUUUAACACGGUCCGAAAUGACUGAUUCAUGGGACAAUUGUCCAAUGAAGCUCCUUUUUGCGACUAGUUUGGUUGAAUGUCUCCUAUACGCUCUCCUUGUGAAGCCGGCCCUAGCCGGCGAUACAGCCUUGAUUCCAGAUUCGACAGCUUUAGUCCGGCAGUUGCUUCAUUUGAUGGAGGUUGGGCGGCGUUCGUCGACGGGUCGUCUUUCGGAGCUUGGUAUACACAAGCUAAUCUGCAACUCCUUUGCAAUCAUGAUCGAAGGUUCUGUUCGCGACCCCGAGUUUUGGGCUGUCUUAAAGCAGGAAGCAAAAUUCGACCAGCUUCUGUUUUCACUGCUGUUAGAUCAGGACCGCCAGCCUAUUCGCAAGGGCAUUUCGGAGAACAUAGCUGUUGCCUGUAGUCCGUCCAAGUUGCUCAAGAAAACAGGGAAACCGGAAGUCCCAGAACAACGACAGGCAACGACUUCCGAGAAUCCAGUCAGAAUCGAUAUUCUCGCUACAAUCUGGGAAGCCUUUGUGCAGAACUUCCCCCGGACACUGGGCUGUGUUCAGCAGUCCCAAGAGUUUUUCGAAAUCGCUCACUUAGUAUUCCAAUCGGUUGCGGAAAAGUCACCGCGUGACCUUAUGUUGAGCGAAUAUCUCAAGCAAUGGAGUGCCAUUUUGUUGAAGCACCAAACCGAAGAGUUUGUUGGACGAGAGCCUGUCGACCAUUUACUUCUAGGCUUUUGCCGUCUCCUGAGAUCGUGCUUAGACUUCGCAAGCUCAACCAAUGCCACAGUGGAUACGUUUGAUCUCGCUGAGAGCUUGUUUGACAAGUACCUCUUCCCGGAUCUUUCGGAGUCAACAUCCCUUGUUGCCAUCACCCCUCAGACGCCCGUCAUGCACGCAUCUUCUCGGCAGGAACUGUACAGUAUUCUGAACCUGCUCUGCAAAUACGACGAAAACUACGCUAAAGUCGUAGAGCGCUUGAGUGAUCUCAUCCCUGAAGACUAUACAUAUUCACCAACCUGGUGUUUUGAUCGCUACAAAAUGAUCAGAUCGCCAGAAGGGUAUGCCGGGUUGAAGAAUCUGUCCAACACUUGUUACUUGAAUUCGCUUUUAACUCAGCUUUUUAUGAAUGUUCCCUUCCGCGACUUUAUGAUGAGGCUUGAUCUUGUGGAUCCUCUUGACUCCCAGAUAUUACUUGAGGAGACAAAGAAGGUUUUUGGCUAUAUGCAAGAAACGUGGCUUAAAAGUGUCGAUCCACAAGGGCUAGUGGACUCAAUAAGGACCUACGAUAAUGAGCCAGUCGAUGUCACGGUACAAAUGGAUGUUGACGAGUUCUAUAACCUGCUUUUCGACAGGUGGGAGGCUCAGAUUACCAAUGCGGAAGACAAAAAGCAGUUUCGCUCAUUUUACGGUGGUCAGCUAGUGCAGCAGAUCAAGUCCAAAGAGUGUCCCCAUAUCUCGGAACGCCUUGAGCCCUUUUCUGCGAUUCAAUGCGAUAUCAAGGGUAAAGCUAGUCUAGAGGAGAGUCUUCAGGCGUAUGUCGAAGGAGAAAUCAUGCAAGGAGAUAACAAAUACUCCUGCACUUCGUGUGGAAGGCAUGUUGAUGCUGUGAAAAGAGCCUGUUUGAAAGAUGUCCCGGAUAAUCUCAUAUUCCAUCUCAAACGCUUCGACUUUGACAUGGUUACGAUGAUGCGGAGCAAGAUAAAUGACGAAUUUCAAUUUCCAGAGCACAUUGAUAUGAGCCCGUUCAAAGUCGAGUACCUCUCAGAUCCAGACGCGGAGGUUCAAGAAGACCUUUUCGAAUUGGUUGGUGUUUUGGUUCAUAGCGGUACAGCUGAAUCUGGCCACUAUUAUUCGUACAUCCGUGAAAGGCCUACUGCUGAUGCUAGAGGCUCGUGGGUUGAGUUCAAUGAUUCAGAUGUCACUCGGUUUGACCAGUCCAAGAUUGCAGACCAGUGCUUUGGUGGUUAUAAUGACUCUAUGAACAACACUUCCAUGGGCCAAGUCCGGUUCAACAAAGUGUGGAAUGCUUACAUGCUAUUUUAUCAGCGUGUCUCGAGUAUGGAGUCUUCCAAGGCGAUUUAUAAACCAACAACCAGCCAUUGCCCCGUUCAUGUGCAGGUGCCAGUGCUUCUUGCCAACCACAUUAUGAUGGAAAAUGAGAUCUUCAUACGAGCCUUUUGUCUGAUGGAUCCAUACUACGCCAUGUUUGUGCGACACCUUCUAUGUCAGCUUCAUGACAUAAGGGACAUUCAUACUGUUGGUGAUUCUAAAUUGGACAAAUGUAUUAUUUUCAUCGCUUUGGAUACACUUGAGCAACUUAUCUCAAGGAACAGAGAGCCACUGGGACUGGAUGCGGUUGUGUCUGAGCUGCUCAAGGCAGUCACUGAACUUCCUAAGGCGGCUUACAGAGUUUUACAGUGGGUUGCAGAAAGACCAGCCGGCAUACGCAAUCUAGUGCUGAAGUGUCCCCAUGCAGCUGUUCGAAACAGUUCAAUAAGGAUAUUCAUAAGUGCGCUUUCAAAGCUGCAAGACCUGUGCAACAAUGUUGGGCAGGAAGAGCGCUAUAAAGACAAAUGGCAUAAGCGGUAUUUGGAUGGCUUCGAGAAUGUGGUUGCAGCAUUGCAUGGCCUCUGGACAAUGUUGCACACUGCAAGCAGGGCAUGGGAUGACUACUUUGAAUUCCUUUUACUGCUUGCAAGUUUUGGGUCUCUUGAGGCCGGGAUGGUGCUCAGUUACGGAUUUCUUUCGAAAUGCCUGGAAAUCGUGUGGCUUGAUCGUGAUGAUUCAAAGAGACUGAGACGCCAUUACAUUGCUUAUUGCAAACUCCUUGAAAAGGGAAGAAGAUUCUCACAUAGGAAACUCACCGAUCUCCUGUCUGUCUUGCUACAGAACAUCGACUUUUCUGCGUCACCUACGCCGGGUGAUGAAAGACAGACCUUACCCGACAAUAGGUACUCUCUUACAGUUGCGGAAAGCGACCUUCUUCGGCCUGUUGGGAGAAACAAUGAGCUAUUAGUUCUGAAGAAGCUUCUUCAGCAAUACAGCAGCCCGCAAGCAUGCAGAAGCAUUGUUGGAAUACUUGUUGAUGCGGAGUUCGAGGCUGGCCUCACGGAUCCAAUAUGCAAGGCGCUGGAGGAUGGCUUAAGAGUCGCGCCUGCUGAACUCUGUGCUCCGUUCUUGGAAGCUACCUUGAUAUUCUGUCGACGGAGUACUGAUGAAGAAAGAAUCGUUUCUUUGAUUGACUACGUUGCGAAGGGGGUGGAGUCUAUCAAUGACAGCGGGGGUAAAGAACACCUCGCAUUCUUCACAAGCAUUAUGGCGUGCCGCAACGAGAGACUUGAUCUCAAUGAGGCAUGGUUUCUAUCCCAGCUCAUAGAUAAAAUCCCAGACUGGGCUCCGACAUUGCUCAUGUUCCCAGACAGGGCGGUCAGAAAUAUGACCAUGGAAUUCUUACGCCGGAUAUUAUUCACGGGAGAGGCUAGCGACAUCAGCGACGACUGGCAAUCACGCCAUGCACAAGCGGCCAAGGAGCUGGUUCAUGCAAGUAUCAGCAGGUUGAGAAGGACUUACCUCUCAGCCUCUGGGAGCAACGUUGAAGCGAACGUUGUAGAGACAAUCAAGACGGUUGUUGAACACUGCUUAGUUACAUACUUUGAUGACAGUGAAGACGAGGAAUUUGUCCGUCAGGCGCAAGGUAUGUUAUCAUCUUUAAUUAACUAUAGCCUAGUAUUUCACUCUUACUAAUGGCGAACAUAGCCGUCCUCGGAGCUAUUGAGGAAUUAGCUGUUGAUAUGCCUGAAGAGCUGGCUUCCGGUAAGUAUCCCAUUUUAUUGCAUCCUUAUCAGCGUCUAACCCCGGGGGCCUCAGAA